AUGCCAUGGUUAUUUGAUAGUCAUUUUGCUCCUGAACCAAUUGGUUAUCGGUUUAGAGUUUUGGAUCUUGCUAUGGUGUUGGAUGCUGCUGGGCAUCAUCAUGUGCAGGAUUUUGAUCCAAUUAGGCAUAUUCUAGAGCAUCUUCCAUCUGAAGAAAAUGAGCUAACGUAUUUUGAGGAACAGGCCACUCUUAGAUUAUUGCAACUAGAUAGAGUAGCAGAACAUUUAUCCUGUCAUGUUAUGGAGCAUCAUGAAGUAAUGGGUAAGGGGAUGAAUUUGGUGAGGGAAGUAGAGAAAGAUUUAAAGGUUGCGAAUGUCAUCUGCAUGAAUGGUAGAAGGCACCUGACUUCAUCAAUGAAUGAGGUUUCAAGGGAUCUUGUAGUGAAUUCUAAUUCCAAAAAGAAACAAGCUCUCCUGGACAUGCUUCCAGUAUUAACCGAGCUUUGUCGUGCAUUGGAAAUGCAAGUGGCACUUGAAUCCCUGGUUGAAGAAGGAAAUUACUGCAAGGCAUUCCAAGUCCUAUCUGAGUAUUUGCAGCUAUUAGAUAGUUUCUCAGAGCUUUCAGCAAUACAGGAGAUGAGUCAUGGGGUUGAGGUUUGGUUGGGGAGAACCCUUCAAAAGCUGGAUGCACUUUUGCUGGGAGUGUGCCAGGAGUUCAAGGAGGAGAGUUAUAUUACAGUAGUUGAUGCAUAUGCUUUAAUUGGAGAUAUCUCUGGUCUUGCUGAAAAGUUGCAGAGCUUCUUCAUGCAGGAAAUUUUAUCGGAAUCCCACUCUGUGUUGAAGAAUAUUGUCCAAGAGAUACCUGAAUCUAAGUUCAGGCAGUGUUUGUUGAGAACAUUAGCUGUCUUAUUCAGGUUGAUGUGUUCCUAUCAUGAAAUAAUGAGCUUUCAGCUGGAGAAUAAGGAUUUGGUAUUCCAAACAUCUGAUAUGAAGCAUGAUUCCUUAGGAAGCAAUGAAUAUCCCCCUCAGUCUGUAGAUAGAAGGCUUGGUUCAUCUUCUACUGAGGAAUCUACAACUACUUCUAUGUAUUUAGAUUCCAAUUUUGAUGUAGAUGAAACUAGAAGUAAUGGCGGUGAAGCAUCAAGCAGCGGAUCCCCUUGGUAUCAGCUGCGAAAAGAGGCGACAGCAUUUGUUUCACAGACUCUUCAGAGAGGACGAAAGAAUCUUUGGCAGCUUAUGACAAGCCGAGUAUCAGUAUUGCUUUCUUCUGCAAUUAUUAGCUCUAUGAGCAUGCACCAAUUCUUGAAAAAUUAUGAAGAUUUGAGUGUAUUCAUCUUGGCUGGGGAAGCCUUCUGUGGAGUUGAAGCAAUUGAGUUCAGACAGAAGUUGAAGGCUGUGUGCGAGAAUUAUUUUCUGGCAUUUCAUCGCCAAAAUAUUCAUGCACUCAAAAUGGUUUUGGAAAAGGAAAGUUGGCUGAAACUGCCACCAGAGACAGUGCAAGUAAUUAGUUUUGCUGGGCUUGUUGGGGAUGGGGCAGCCCUGAUAGUUCCAUCUCAUGGUAACUCUUCUAAUGCAAAAUUGCAUCAUUCUAACAAAUCAGUGAACUCUGUUGAUGGCACCAGCAAGAAUAGUGGAUUUACCUCUUGGAUUAAAAAUGGAAAUCCAUUUUUGCCAAAAUUAAUCCCCACUUCAAUAGAAGGUCACAGUUCUUCCCUGCUUAAUGGGGCAACUGCUGGUGAAUACGAUGGACAUGCUAAUGAUAAUUAUCAUGGUGAUAAUGUGUCUCCCAUUAGUGGUGGUGCAAGCCAUAAAAAUGGAAUACCUGUUUCAGAAGAUGAAAAUGAAGAUCUACUUGCAGACUUCAUUGAUGAGGACAGUCAACUCCCAAGUCGAGUUUCAAAACCAAAAGUUCCUAAAAGUAACCCUUCACAAUGUAAAAAUGACGAAGUAUCUGCACAGACAGGAUCAUCUCUUUGUCUUCUAAGGUCAAUGGACAAAUAUGCAAGGCUCAUGCAGAAACUAGAAAUAAUAAAUGUCGAGUUUUUUAAGGGUAUAUGCCAGUUGUUUGAGAUUUUCUUCUAUUCUGUGUUUGAAACAUUUGGUCAGCAGACCUAUAAUUCAAGUGGAAAAUCUGACUCUCUCAAUUAUCGGCUGAAGACUGCCAUAUCCAGAAUAACACAAGAUUGUGACCAAUGGAUAAAACCCCAGCUGAACCCUGUUUCGUCCUCCUCACCGACAUCUUUGAGUACAUAUAUGAUUGGAGAUGUAACGCCUGCUAGUCCUCCAAAUCAUUCACUAGCCACAUCCUUCGGUCUCAAGGAAAGAUGUGCUGCUGCUGAUGCGAUAUCUCUUGUUGCUCAAAUAUUACGCAGAUCUAAAACCCAUCUUCAGUCCAUUCUUCUUCAAAAUAAUCCAGCUAUAGUGGAAGAUUUCUUUGUCCUCCUGGUGGAUUCUGUACCAGAUCUUACAGAGCACAUACACAGGACAACUGCAAGAUUACUUCUUCAUAUGAAUGGGUAUGUUGAUCGGAUUGCUAACGCUAAAUGGGAAGUAAAAGAGCUUGGGCUAGAGCAUAAUGGGUAUGUUGAUUUACUGUUGGGAGAAUUUAAGCACUAUAAAACAAGGCUUGCACAUGGUGGAGUUCACAAAGAGGUAAUGGCUGUGGUGAGACGCGAUGUCAACUUUUUAUGUAACACUCGGUGGCUUGGGAUAUGUGGAAUGGACUCUUUGCCUACUGCAGUGAGCAGUGGGCAGGUUCAAGACCGCCUUUCAGAAUAUGGUCUUGAAAUCGUCUCUGAGACCCUCAUUGAAGGCCUAUCACGGGUGAAGAGAUGUAGUGAUGAAGGACGAGCUCUUAUGUCAUUAGAUCUUCAGGUUUUGAUCAAUGGCCUACAACAUUUUGUCCCCGUAAAUGUUAAGCCAAAAUUACAAAUGGUUGAAACUUUCAUAAAGGCUUACUAUCUUCCAGAAACGGAGUAUGUACACUGGGCUCGUGCUCACCCGGAAUACAGUAAAAAUCAAAUUGUUGGGUUGGUCAACCUCGUUGCUACAAUGAAAGGUUGGAAGAGAAAAACCAGGCUGGAAGUAAUAGAGAAAAUCGAGCGAGCUGAGUGA